AUGACCAAGCGGCUUGCUUCGACGGCCCUGCCGCCGUCGGUCUUCGCGCCUUCGCUGGCGACGCUACAUGCUCGUGUCCAAGAAAAGAGACGACGUGUGUCCAUCUUCGGCGUCCGCAACGGCAAUAAGAUUCUCACCGUGUGUCCGAUCCCAUCGUUCACUGCAUCGAGGCCCACUAUGAUGGCCGCUCCGAUCGCUCGGUGGCUUGCGUCGGGCCACGCGGUGCGUUUGAAGCUCGGCGGCUUUGAAGGCCUCGGUCUCGCCCAAGCAAUCGAACGAUCGCCAACGCUGUCGCACUUGGUCUUGGACAAUUCCUCAGCCAUUACCACGCGUUUCGUGGCUACUGGUCGUGCGCUCCCACACAUCACGCAUCUCAAGUACUACUAG